CCAGGCCACGGUAUAAGGAGUAGCAGCAGGGAGGAGACUCUGGGAAGGCAGGGGAGCCUGGGAAAGGAGAGAGAAGGCUGCGGACUUAGAGGGACGGGAGAGUAAGUCAGGAGGAAGCGCACAGAGGAGGGCACACACAGACACACGGAGGGGGAGGAAGGGCAAAGAGAAGAAAACUCGGGUGGGAAGAAGACGGGAGGAAGAGGAGCAAGGCAGAGAUGAAGUCACAGGGCUCCCUGGCCUGCCUCCUGCUGGCCCUGUGCCUGGGCAGUGGGGAGGCUGGCCCACUGCUGAGAGGAGGGGAGAGCGCUGGAGCAGGUGCUGGGGAGGCCGUGGGACAUGGGGUGCGAGACGCCAUUGGACAGGGGGUGGGAGACGCCAUUAGCCAUGGAGUCGAAGAGGCUGUUGGCCAAGGGGCUGGACAGGCAGCUGGCUCCGCAACCAGGGAGGUCAUGGGCCACGACAUGGGGGAAGCAGCCCGUGCCCUUGGAAACACUGCGGGUGAGGCUGGCAGACCGGUUGAGAACAUCAUUCGACAUGGAGGAGAUGCUGUCCACAGCUCCUGGCAGGGGAUGCCAGGCAGCAGCAGUGCUUGGCCUCCAUCUGGAGGCCAUGGCAUCUUUGGCUCCCAGGGUGGCUCUGGAGGCCACGGCCAGGGUAAUCCUGGAGGCCAGGGAUACCCCCGAGAUUCAGAUGGAAGCUUUGGAGCCCACUCUCAGGGAGGCCCCUGGGGCCAAGAAAGCAAUAGAGGGUCUUUCAGCUCGGCCACCAACGCUCGGGGGACUGUGGUCCAACCCGGUUACGGCUCCGUGAGAGGCAGCAACUCACACACAGAGUGCACCAACCCCCCGCCAUCCGGCUCAGGCGGAAGCUCCAGCAGCUCGGGGGGAGGCAGCGGCGGAGGUGGUGGCAGAGGUGGCAGCAGUUACGGGUCCAGCUGGGACCGUCCCUUAGAAAAUUCUAGGAAUUUUGAUCAAAGCAACUACUCAAGCUCCCAGGGACACAAUACCGGCUCUUCCUCGGGUAGCAGUGGCGGCGGAAGUGGCGGCGGAAAUAAACCCGGGUGUGACAGCCCAGGGAAUGAAGUCCGCAUAUCUGGAGGAUCUGGGGGUCAGGGCUUUGGAGGAGGACAGGGAGGCUCUGGUGGCUAUGGUGACAUCAGGGAAAUAAGCAAAGAGGGCAGUCGCCUGGUUGGGGGCCCCCAAGACAAUUAUCAGAACUCUCAGACGUCUCCUGGGCUCUUCAACUUUGACACUUUCUGGAAGAAUUUUAAAUCCAAGCUGGGUUUCAUUAACUGGGAUGCCAUAAACAAGGGCCAAGUCCCACGCCCCAGCACACGCGCCCUGCUCUACUUCAGCCGACUCUGGGAGGAUUUCAAACACAACACCCCUUUCCUGAACUGGAAAGCCAUUAUUGAGGGUGCUGAUGCGUCCUUGCUCCAGAAGAGGUCGGGCAGUGCCCGUCAGAACACCUAUAACCAGCAGGCAUACCCUACUCCCUCUGGUGGGCAGUACUCAGCCAAGAUCCCCUCUAAGGGGGGAGCCACGCCUUCUUCCUCGGCUUCCCAGGUGCGCCCUGGCCUGCUGCAGUGGGUGAAGUUCUGGUAGAAAAUUAUUUCCAAUCAUAACUGAGGUCCUGAACAACAUCAGCCAUCAAGGAGCACAACUGUGCCCCACCCCCAACUCUCUCCCUGUGUCAGGCUUGGUCUGGGUGCUGACACCUGCUUUUUCCAGGUUGAACCUGGUCUGUCUGUCCCUCGUUUCUUCCAACUGAACUGUGGGGUCUCCUUGUCCAGAAACCUCAUCGGAUAAACCUGCCACUUUCUUCACCUACUCUGUUUUGUGACCUGAAGUCACUGUGACAGUUCUUCAGGAGAAGCUUCCUGCUUUGGGAUUUCUUUGUGGAAAUAAAACAUGAAUCUUAUUUCCUUAA